CCUGUUGCCCCAAACACAGCGGCACAGAGGCAAUUUAUCGUGAAGAGCAGGGGCUUUUCUGUGCCGAAGAAAAUUCAACAAAGGCCAUAUUCGUCAUUCAGCAAAAAAGAACCGUAAAAUGAGGACAUGUAUUUUACUUUACGUUACGGUUCCAUAACAAGUCUGUGAUCUUAGCCGCCACAGAACAAUUACAAGCGUGUCUCUGUGAACCAUAAGAACCUUCUCAGAAAAUCUCCCUCAUUGAUUCAUAACCAAACGCUCCCUGUCUUUUAUACCAUGCUUUUCUUUCAUUCCAUAGUUUUCUUCUUUACAAACAACAUCCAUAGACAACUCUGUUUUAUUUCUUAUAGUACAUGACAUUUCAUUGAUGUUGAAGCUCGAUCUUCGAGUUGUUUGGUUUGGUGAGUAACUCCUGCCACUGCCACACCCAUUAAUUCUCCAAACGUUACCCAGCCCUGAAGCUAAAGCUAUCACCAGAAGGGUGAUGAUUACAAUUUAUAACACUGUUCCCUCAAAUCUCCAGAAAAUGUUUCACUACAACACAAAGUUCGCUAUGGUCCUCACUUUCUUUAUCUUCAUGUUCUGUUUUUUCUGUUCAACGAGCGCCAGAAGUAACAACAAUUGCGAGCGUAGCUGUGGAGAACAUUCCCUGCAAUACCCUUUUGGCUUCUCUUCUGAUUGCGAAGUGAAACUAAAUUGCAGCAAAGAGAACAAAGCUGAAAUUGGCGAGUUAGAGGUUCAGAGCGUGACCUCUGAUGGCAUCUUCGUUAGUCUUCCGGUGCAGUGCAACCGCAGCGUGAGUUUCAUUGACCCUCUCUUCAGAGACAACUUUGCUCCCACGUGGAACAACACCUUUCUUGUGCAGAGCUGCAAGCCCAAGCUCGAUGGCUGUGUUAUCCCCACAUCGAGUUUCGCUGGCGGCCGCAAAGAUGUGGAGGGGUGUGAAGAUCUUAGUUGCUUCACGCAGUUGCAGAAGAGUAAGAGUAAUGGCUCGAGGGAAGAUGAUGUUCUCACGCACAGUGAUUGGGAGCGAGUUGGGUGUAGAUUCUUGUUCUCUGCUCUUGCUUUUGAUAGGAGUAAAGUGAAGGAGCUCUCGCUCCAAUUUCAGAUGGUUGAAUUGGGGUGGUGGCUUCAAGGAAACUGUAGUUGCUCCAACAAUGCGUCCUGCACGGAGGUGAAUACUGAUGGUGGAAAACGAGGCUUCCGGUGCCGCUGCGAUGAAGGUUUCAUCGGAGACGGAUUCAGAGCCGGCGAUGGUUGCCGGAGAGUUUCUGAAUGCAAAGCUUCAACACUGUGGUCUGGCGGAUGUAGGAAAGCAGUCAAAAUUGGUGUCCUUGUUGGAGGGAUCAUAUUUGGAGGUAUCCUUGUGGCUGCUCUGUUUCUUGUAUGUUACUUUAAUAGGCGUCAGUCCUCUUGGCUGAGAAAACAAGUGACAGUAAAGCGCCUAUUACGCGAAGCUGCAGGAGACUCCACUGUUCCUCUAUAUCCCUACAAAGAAAUAGAGAGAGCCACCAGUUUUUUCUCUGAAAAACAUAGGCUGGGAACUGGGGCUUUUGGCACAGUUUAUGCUGGACACCUUCACAAUGAUGAGUGUGUUGCUAUAAAAAAGAUUAAGUAUAGAGACACCAACAGUGUUGACCAAGUUAUGAAUGAGAUCAAGCUCCUUUCUUCGGUGAGUCACCCGAAUUUAGUGCGCCUCUUAGGUUGCUGCAUAGAAGGGGGAGAGCAGAUACUUGUUUAUGAGUACAUGCCAAAUGGAACACUAUCUCAACAUUUGCAAAGAGAGAGGGGUGGAGUACUUCCAUGGACAAUAAGACUCACCAUUGCUACUGAAACCGCUAAUGCUAUAGCAUAUCUCCAUUCCGCAAAUGAUCAUCCAAUUUAUCAUAGAGACAUAAAAUCCAGCAACAUACUCUUGGAUUAUAAUUUUCAAUCAAAAGUGGCAGAUUUUGGGCUUUCUAGGCUUGGCAUGUCAGAAACAUCACAUAUUUCGACCGCCCCACAAGGGACCCCGGGCUAUGUUGAUCCUCAAUACCACCAGAACUUCCACCUUUCUGAUAAAAGUGACGUCUACAGUUUUGGAGUGGUUUUGGUAGAGAUAAUAACAGCCAUGAAAGUGGUUGAUUUCGCACGGCCUCAGAGUGAAAUCAACUUGGCUGCACUUGCUGUUGAUAGGAUCAAGAAGGGUUGCAUAGAUGACAUCAUAGAUCCCUUCCUUGAGCCACAUAGGGAUGCUUGGACGCUCUAUUCUAUUAACAAGGUGGCUGAGCUUGCAUUUAGAUGCCUUGCUUUUCAUAGUGACAUGAGGCCUACCAUGAUUGAAGUGGCUGAGGAGCUAGAUCUUAUCAGGCGCAGUGGGUGGGCGACCAUGGAGGAAACCAUAUGCAUGGCUUCUUCGGUUGGGUCCGUGUGUUCAUCGCCUCGAAAUGGAAGUGUUAAUUCACUUAGAGGUGUUAGUUUUGAGAGAGCUGCAGGACUUGGGAGUGAGACAUUGAUUGUUCCCCACAAGACUGAUGUUUUUUUGCAAUCAAUUGAGGAGGUGAAGGACAGCUCUCCUGUGUCUGUGCAUGAUAGUUGGUUAAGUGGAACUAGCUCACCUUCAACAAAUAGCUUGUUAGGACAUGUAGUUCAGUGACAUAUAUACUUAUUUUGGGUGGAACACCUAUUAUUUGAAUGGCAAAGGUCAUUAAUGUUUUCCUUUUCUCUUUUGUAGUUGUAGGAUAUAACCAUUUUGGUGUAUGAUUGGCACCAGGAUUCUGCUUUCGUUUUUCUCUCUGAAUCGUACUAACUCAUCCAAGGCAGUUAAUUAUGUUUGACCAAUCCUAAGUAAUUAAUAAACAGAAUUCACUAUUCUUUGUUCA